UCUCCUCCGCUCUCCCGCCGCUCUGCCUGAAUCUCGGGGGCGGCACCGCAUCGGGGCCCGCCCCGCUGCCCCGCCCGCCCCGCGCUCGCUUGAGCCCAGAGCCGGCGGGACUCCCGGCCCGACAGGGCCAUGUCCGCUGAGCCUGAGCUCAUUGAGCUGCGGGACCUGGCACCCGCGCGGUGCGCUGCCCCGGGCCGCACCCGGCUCGAGCGUGCUAACGCGCUGCGCAUCGCGCCGGGCACAGCGCGCAACACCGCAAGGCAGCUGGUCCCAGGCCGCGGCCACCGCUUCCAGCCCGCGGGGCCCACUACGCACACAUGGUGCGACCUCUGUGGCGACUUCAUCUGGGGCGUCGUGCGCAAGGGCCUGCAGUGCGCACCCCUCUCUGCAGAUUGCAAGUUCACCUGCCACUACCGUUGCCGCGCGCUCGUCUGCCUAGACUGCUGCGGACCCCGGGACCUGGGCUGGGAACCGGCGCUGGAGCGGGACACGAAUGUGGAUGAGCCCGUGGAGUGGGAGACACCUGACCUUUCUCAAGCUGAGAUUGAGCAGAAGAUCAAGGAGUACAAUGGCCAGAUCAACAGCAACUUGUUCAUGAGCCUGAACAAGGAUGGCUCCUACACAGGCUUCAUCAAGGUUCAACUGAAGCUGGUGCGCCCUGUCUCAGUUCCCGCCAGCAAGAAGCCACCCUCCUUGCAGGAUGCCCGGCGGGGCCCAGGGCGGGGUACAGCUGUGAAACGCCGCACCUCCUUCUACCUGCCCAAGGAUGCUGUCAAGCACCUGCAUGUCUUGUCACGCACACGGGCACGUGAGGUCAUCGAGGCCCUGCUGCGCAAGUUCUUGGUGGUGGAUGACCCCCGCAAGUUUGCACUUUUUGAGCGGGCUGAGCGCCAUGGCCAAGUGUACCUCCGGAAGCUGUCAGAUGAUGAGCAGCCCCUACGGCUACGGCUCCUUGCAGGGCCCAGUGAGAAGGCCCUAAGCUUUGUCCUGAAGGAGAAUGACUCUGGGGAGGUGAACUGGGAUGCUUUCAGCAUGCCUGAGCUACACAACUUCCUACGCAUCCUGCAGCGGGAGGAAGAGGAACAUCUCCGCCAGAUCCUGCAGAAGUACUCGUAUUGCCGCCAGAAGAUCCAGGAAGCCCUGCAUGCCUGCCCCCUGGGGUGACCUCUCGUACCCCUGGGUGGAAGGAGGAGAGUAGGCAAGGGCUUGCCGUGUGAGUGUGCAAAGGGCCACGUGGCCCGAGGAAUGAGUGUGCAUGGAGGCCCUCUCUUGCUGGGGGAAUGAGCCCAGAGAACAGCGAAGGAGCUGGCCCCCUGUGUCCACCAGUGGGUGUAGCAGAGCAUGGCUCUACAUCCUUCUGCCCUUUGUGUACUGGGUCACGGUGGGCCAGGGUUGCCCUGGGAAGCUGCUUCAGGCUUGCAGCAGGGGUAGAGGAGACAGAAGUCUCCUUAACUUGUGUCUCAGAUAUGAGAAUCUUGGAGACCCUACAAACAGAAUAGGGUCAUGUUUGCAGGGAUGAGGGCCCUCACCUAUGGUGAAAGGUUGUGUGUUUCGGGUCUUGGAUGGGGUCUCAGGACAGUCCUAUCAGAACCGAGGGUGGGUGUUCAAGGUAAGACAGGCAUCAAGAAAGAGUCUAGGGUUCCCUCUACAGCACCCUCUGACUCCUCACACACCCUGGGGUCAGGGAGUGCUGGCUCAUGGUGCAACAACAGUGCCUCUGCCUCCUCCAAGGAGGAUGUCCCUGUGCCAGGGUCUGUGUGAGUAUGGGCACUGUCCCAGGUCUGUGCCUUGUUUGCCAGUCAAAGCCAGGGUCUCUCCCUUGGGUAUUUUUGAUGAUGUGUGCGAAUGUAUGUAAUAUUUUGUGGCCUCAGUUGAAUGCCUCCUGUGGGGGAAGGGGUGGGGGUGACAGUCAUCAGGGCCUGGGGUCUGAGAGAAUUGGCUAAAUAAAGAUUUAAGAAUUCUC